UGGAGAAGCCAGAAGAUCCAGGAGAACGCAGAACCCGGCAGAACUAGGAGGAAUCGGUGGAAGAGCCUGAAGAAUCUCGGAGAACUCAGCAGCAUCUGGCAGACUGGGUCAGAGCAGGAAGGAACCGGCUGUCCACCGGGCCUCCAGGCAGAACCUGAGCAGAACCUGAGUGGACUCAGAGAUGCUUUUGACCCGACGGGCCGUCCUGGACUUUUCUCCUUCUCUGUGAAAAGGUUUCUCCACCGCUCUCCCCCCUCCCCCAGUUCCAUCAUGCCUAUCCUCAAGAACCUCCCCGUGCGCCUGAAAGGCGGUGGUCCAACUCUAGACAACGCCCUGUUCAUCCGCAGGAUGAGUCUCAACAUUACGCCCCACCACAACCCCUUCGAACACGACGACGACAACAUCCACGGCAACGGUGGCCAUGGAAACCACUGGUCACCCGGAAGCUCGCUGUUGGACGGCGACGUGCCGAGGGACCGCAACCCGUUCGAGGACGAGGAGGACGAGAACGAGGCCAACGAGGGUAAGAAAGGGAGCAGUGGAGGAGGGUCGGUGAAGGGCUCUUUCAAGUUUAAGUCGCCCCUGAAGAGUCUCGGCAAGCUGGGGAAGAACCUGAGGAUGUCAGGCAAGAGCAAAGGCGGCGACACGCCCUCCCCACAGGAGUCGCUGCAAGGAACGCCCUCACCUUCCCAGAAGAAGAAGAGAGGUCGGAGGAGCUCCGAGGGCAGCCUGCUCAGAUUUGCAGGGAAAUAUCGCGACUCUCUGAGCUCCCGUAAGGAGUCCAUCACCAACGGAGAGCUCAACUGCUCAGAGAGCGACUGCGACUCCGUCAGCCGGCGCCUGACCUUCAUGAAGAUGGUGGGCCUGGGAAAGCUGAAGAGGGAGUCCGACCGCAUGUCCCAGGGCCCCGAGGACCAGCCGGUCCAGGAGGAGGUGGUGGAGGAGGUGAAACCCAGAGAGCCUCUGUCAGUCCUGGAAAUCCUGCAGCUGGUGAAGAAGCGUGACCUUUUGCUGGCCGACACCCACAUCCUGGAGCUGGAGCAGGAGUGUAACGAGUCCGCCGCCGGUGAGCCCGAGGACGCCACCAGCCCCAGCGUCAAAGAUGGCGGCCGGAGGAAGGCGAAGGACGUGGAGCUGCUGUACGAGGAGCUGCAGAAGGAGCUGUGGGCCGUGGUCAGGGAGUCCCUGCGGUCUCCCACGGCCGGGCCCAAUCUGGGCCUGGUGGUUCAGGUUCUGCAGCAGGAGGAGGAAACUGAUAAAAACUGGGCCCUCGGUGAGGCAGUGGCCCCCGGGGGCUCAAGGCCUCGCCGCCUGAAGCAGAGGUGGAAGGAGGCGGUGGAGGAGGCGGCCGACGGCUCGCUGCCUCAGACAGCCGAGUUCACGGCCGGAGAGCUGGACAAGUACCUGGACCGGCUCCGAGCCCGGAUGGUGGAGGACCUGGGAGCCGCCAAGAGGAACGUGGUGUCCAUUUAUCCCGAGGAGUUCCAGGCCUUCCAGGUGUAUGUGGAGAGUUACCACCAGGCGGUCACCAGUCGCCUGAAGGCCAUCACAGACAACCAGCUGGAGAUCACUGACAUCUACUCUCUGCUGGACUGGCUGCACAACAUCUACAGCAGAGACGUUCUCGGGACGGUGUGCAUCACGAGUCCGUUCAGCCGCUCUCUGCUGAGCCCGCUGCUGCCGUCAGAGACCGUGGACAGACUGGAGCUGGACUGCCUCAACUCCGUCCGGGCUAAGGUGACCACUGAGCUCAGUCAGGUUCUGGAGGAGGAGGAGAAGAGGUGGAUGGAGACGCUGCAUGUGGAGGAAUACCAGAUCACGCUGGCCAAAACCGUCAUCCAGAGGCUGCAGGUUGAUCUGGACCGGUCGGCCUCCAUCAACAGAAGUCUGGGCUCCAGGGUGGCUCAGUGCAGCCUGAACGGACUGGCUGACUUCCUGUACAGCUUCCAGCGUAAAGUGGAGAUGUUCCAUGAAGGGAUGCAGAACGGCAUGUUUGGAGACAACGACGACGGAUACGUGUCCAAAACCAUCGCCAUGGUCAACUGCUGCCCUCCUUUCAGAGGCUUUGUGCAGCGGUGUGCUCAGUGUGACCCGUCAGUCAGCGAGGACUCCCUGCGGCGAGCCAACAAGUCUUUGGAUCACAUCGCUCAGCAAGGCGUCAGAGUUCUGUCUGAGCGACUCUACCUGCACAUCAGGUUGUUCUUUGAGCGUCUGGUGAAGAGAAAGUGGCUGACCAACACCGAGCCUUAUGAGCAGAUCGAAGCUCUCAUCAAAGAAGACUUUAAGAAGUAUCGCAGGAUGGACAAUCCUCCUUAUCAGCUGCUGGUGGCUGAGGUCCACCGCCGGGUGGUGAUAGAGUAUCUCCGCUCAGUCAUGAGGGGCCGGAUCAUCUGCACCUCCAUGAAGAUGCGGAAGAGGAUGGCGGGACGACUCCGAGACGAAGGCAAACAGAUCAAAGUGCUCUUCAAAGACCUGGAGUCUCCGUCCAGCUGGUUGGACAGCGCUCUGUCUCACAUCUCAGAGAUCAUCCAGCUGGAGGACGUCCCAUCCAUCCAGAUGGAGGUGGGAAUUCUGGUCAGGGAGUUUCCAGAUGUCAGGAAGAAGCACGUGUCGGCCAUCUUGAACAUCCGCGGGAUGACUCGGCAGGCGGAGCGUCAGGAGAUCCUCAACAUCGUUAAAGACAUCGAGAGCUGCGACGUCGGUCCGAGUCCUCUGUCCCGGGACCGGGCCCUGUUCGCCGAGGUUCCGGUCACCUCCGAGGUCCACUGUCUGAACGUGGGUCUGAGCCGGAUCGCCCUCACCGCCUCGUCCUGCGUCAGCGCGCUCAGACCCCGGCGACGCAAGACCAGAACGCCCGUUCAGGAAAACCCGGAGGACGUUCUGUAA